AAGCAAUGUGUUUGUUAUUGGAUCAUCAUUCUGACACUUCUUUUGUCCUGUUUUGCACGGCCUUCACUCAAGUGAGUGCUUGGUUGCCAUGGUGUCUGCGACUCUGGAGCUGGUGGGCUUCUUCUUGGGUGUGCUGGGCCUACUUGGCAGCAUCGUGGCCACGGUGCUCCCCUUCUGGGAGGUCUCGGUGAACAUCGGCUCCAAGAUGAUGACAAUGACGACGACCGGGGGCAGCACGAAGGGCCUAUGGAUGCAAUGUGUCCACAAGCUGACCGGGGCCUUUCAUUGCGAGACGUACAACUCCAUACUGAUGUUGUCCUCUGACCACCAGGUGUCCCGGGUCCUCAUGGUGGUCUCCCUGGUGCUGUCCAUGCUGGGCCUGGUCGUCGUCGUCCUGGGUAUGCAGAGCACCAUCUGCCUGGAGGGCCCAGUGGAGCUCAAGAAACGGGUGACGGGCGUGGGCGGGUGCAUCUUCAUCAUCGCAGGCCUCAUGACGCUUGUGCCCGUCUCUUGUACAGCCAACAAGGUGAUCCAGACAUUCUACAAUCUUGACGUUGACGUGCUUCCCGCACCCAAGUUCGAGCUGGGCCACUGUAUCUACUUGGGCAUGGUCUCGGCUUUGUUCUCCAUCCUGGGUGGCAGCGUGCUGGCUUUGUCCUUCUACCAGGGGCAAUGGUGUGGAAGACAUCGCGGCAGCUACCCAUACACGGUGGACGGUGCCGACGUGGCGGUGGUGCAAAACCCCAACGUCCUGCAAAUGGGAAGCAUCGGCGAUAGCAGGAUCUACAGGGGAAUCCAAGUGAAACCCAUAAGGGUAGGAUAUGACUUCACAGGAUAUGUGUGAUAUUACGGAAGCGUAUUGCAUUCACUUGGAUUAAAAAAAAAACCACCUGUUUUUCUGAGUAAUUUUUUUGAGGGCUUUGUUUUUCUGACUAUUUUUUUCUGUUUUUCUGACAAAUUUUUUUCCACCUGUUUUUCUGACUAUUUUUUUUCUGGUUUUCGGACAAAUAUUUUUCCACCUGUUUUUCUGACUAAUUUUUUUGUGAGUUAUCGGGACACAUCGAACUCACGCGAGAACCUGCGAACUGCAAGUGACUCUUUGCGGACUCAUUAAUGGCGGAUUAUUGCUCGCACACCUUCAACCUGCCCAUACGCGUUUACCUUACCGGUUCAAUUAAGGUAAGUCACAUAAUGAGUAACACAUAUUGUAUGAUACUCUAAAUAGUUUGGUUUUAGACUGCAUACUAUUCUUCUAAUGUAAGACAAUAUUUACUAUAUGGUUUUAUGUAGCAAGCAAAUCGAACGUCUCCUCGGCAUGAUUUCAGUAAGGUAACAGUAACUAUGUUUAGCUGAUGCUGUUCAUUGCUCGUCCUUGACUUGACAACGUGCUUUUCAUCAUAACGUUAGUAUACAAUAACAUUACGCUUCCGUAAGUAAACGAGACAUUCGUUGUAACGAUAGUUUAUAUACCAAGUAUACACUUAACACUACAGAGGCAUAGUGACAGUGUUAAAUGUUUAACAUGGGGCACGUAAGCGUGUAAACAACACAGAACGUUGCCAGUAGACUAUUGAAAUACUGUUUACAACAACAACAAAACUGAUAAAAGCCCACAUUGAGCUGCUGAGUUUAGUCUUUUGCACUAUUAAGAGUGCCGUAAUGUUAUUAUUUUUGACAAUUAAAUAAGUCUCCGGAAGCUGAUGAGAUUUCUGACUGGGUCGGAUGGUACCUGUGUAAAAGAAAUUCAAAUCACUUUCACCUCUUUGGAAGGGCUAGCAGGGCGGCCAAUUGCCCAUACUUGUGGCCCAACUGUGGAGCUGCCAUCAAUUUACAGUAGCUAUCCUGAGCUUCGAGGUGAAAUGGAGGCAAUAUUGUCCAGCAACACUCAUGCAGUGGACAUAGCAUAAGUGUAAGUGACUGAUGUUCACAUACACAUUUUUCUGUUCCCCAUUCAGCCAGCUAUGAUUGUUUAGACUGUGAAUGUGGGCCAUAGCAUAUAAGGAGAAUAUUUUCUUAGCUUAGGGUCUGUGUAAGUAAUGCAAGAAACAAUAACUCACACAAGCACAGAUUGAUUGAAAAUGUUCUUUCUACCCUAUCAACAAUUCACUUUUGUCAUCAGUCUAGGAUGGGAAUGUUUGUACGUGAGAAACACCAUUGUAUUUUUGCUGUUAAAUUACAAUAGAAUUUGAAUCUCUACCUCAUGUCAAAUGUUAAUACGACAGUGUUUGUGAGUCUGGUACAUGGUGGUUUGGGAUUUUUUGUUUGUUUUGCAAACAAGAUGAUGUGUUACCUGUUUAGUCAUGUAGUUCAAGAGUCCUGCUCUGUGAGACAUGAUAUGUUUCCACCUGCCAUCUUUAAAUUGGACAUGUUUCUUUUCCAUGCUUGCAUUGUUAAAUGUUACGGGUAUCAAAUAUGUGCAAUACAGUAAAAAAUACAGUAGUUGAUCUGAUCUGUUUAUAUGUUUGAGAGAUGACAUGAUAAGCAAAUACUAAUAUUCACCAAAUUUUGUUUCGUCUGUUUUGCUGCAGAUUACACAGACAGCCAAUUCACAAGAGAACACCCCCCCCCCCCCCCCCAAAAAAAAAUCGGGAAGGUAUCAUUCCUUAGUGCUAUAAUAAACAAAAACUAAGUAUCAAAAAAGAGAAAGGUUUCACUGCUCGGUAUCAGCAGAUAUUGUGUAAGAGCUACAUUUGACAUUAAGCAUACACACCAUUAUAGACACAAUGUAUUAGAAACCUUUAUUUAUAAAUGAUGAACACAAUGCACCCAAGAUUCCCCAUGUUUUUUCAUGCGUACAUUGGACGUUUGCUUUUCUGGAAUAGAAAGAUGAUGUACGAGGCACAACGUGGAGAUGUCCAUUUGGAGCAAAUUCACAGUAAUUUACUGUUUUAAUACCCUUUACAGUUAAAUUCAUGGUCUGUAAGGUCGACCAUUUUUGGAGGGUUACAUGAUCCUGUCAUUUGAUCCUGUAGGGCAGGUUGUGAUCAAGAAAUCUGCGCUCGUAUGUAAGCACGUAAGAACAUGUAAAGCUCGAUGGCUUCCUCUGGAGAGGUGGGUGGAUGAAGACUUGUUUUCUGCCAAAAUGGGAAGACUAGUGAUAAAAAUCAGCUCGCACAUUUUCUAUACCAACUGCAGUACAUAUGUUACACUUAACUAGCCAAUAUGUAGUACAAAUCAGCUCCAAUUUAAGCAUGCCUCCUUAAAAAGCCCCACCAGUUCUCUAUUCUUUGGUUGUGAUUGCUCAAUCCAUACAGAUAACAUAUGUGCGAAAAAUUGUCCAGAUGGUUGUGCCUCAAGAACAUCUGCAUUUGCUCAAUAAAGCAGUUCUCGGUGCCAAGGUCCGAACGAAUUCGGGCAGAAGUCCCAUUCUUUGAUGACACCUCAUUAAUAAAGUAUCCAGCAAUUAUCUUCGGGUCACUGUUUGUCGAGUAAGCAUGUAGCCAUAUCACCAUUUGUGAAAAAACAUCUAUUGCACCAUUGAUACAGAUCCCAUAUGGUUUGAGUUUGUCAUAAGAGUCUACAUGCCACAUAAAGUGAGGAGAAGCGGCUCAGAAAAUGGAUGGAUGGCUGGCUUGCUUACUAUUAUUAGCUUGUCAACCAAAAUGCUAACAUUAUCUUACUAAUGUCAGGCCUAAUUAUGAUCCGUGGCUGUGGAGGAAUUCAAGCAAUACUUUGUGGACAAAUACACCUCCAAAUUCAAAUAACUUUUAAAAUAGUAAAAAAAUAUAUAUAUUCUGUGGAAAAAUAUGUCUGAAAAGUCAAACCAUUUGGAAUUCAAUCACAACUUUUUGGAAAAAUGUCUUUGCCUCUAAAAGUAAAAAAAAAAAAAAAAAAAAGAAGAAAAAAAAAGAAAGAAUCCAAUACGUUGUGGACAAACAGGCCUGUAUGUUUUGUGGUAAAAAAUGUCUCAGAAGUCCAACCACUUGGAAUCCAAUAAAUUGUCUGUGGUAAAAAAAAAUCUCAAAUUUCAAAGCAUUUGUAAUUCAACUAAUAUGUUCAGGAUACAUAUGCCUCAAAUUCCAAACAAUUUGGAAUCCAACCAAUAGUUUGUAGAAAAUAGACCUGGAAAGUCAAGUGACUUGGAAUUCAACCAAUAUUUUGCUUCGAGAAUAACGGGUGAGUAAUGCCACUUUAAACAUGUAUGAGCAUGCUACUUGAAACAUGUCUUGUGCAGUAAAAGAAUCACUUUGAAAUUAGAACAAUUGGGACGUGAACCUGCCUCACUCUGGAGGCUGCACUGUACUUCGUAUUGCGAUCUGGAUCUGGAACAAUGAAAAUCUAAUCUAAAUUCCACAAAUUCCAGGACAGUGGGGGACGGGGGCACGGGGGGGGGGGCACAAAGUAAUUGGGACAUUUUCUAAUCCCAUUGCAAUCCCACUCCAAUCCCAUGGUACAGUUUUGGGGGGAGUUGAAGAACACAAAACCUAAAUUUUACUUAACAUCUCCAUCUAGUGUCCAAAAGAACACCUACAAGGCCAAACAAUCUUAUUAUCAUAGUUACAAACGUGUAUUUAAAAAAAAAAAUAAUAAUAAUAAUUUUCAAAUGUUAAUAACGAACUUUAUAUAUAAUCUUUGCAAUUAAAAAAAUCCUCAUUACUUCUGUCACCUAAUUUAUUUUUGAAAACUUCUUUUUGGUUGCAGUAUAUAUAAAAAAAAUCCAUCCAUGUUAAUGCUAAAAUCGAAUUAUAUAUCAUUAAAUUAUAA